GGUUUCCCCACCUAUCCCACCUACCUCUACUGCUUGAGAAAGAGAGAGAGAAAAGAAGAAGAAGCAGACAAAUCUCGUCUCACUCUUUUCCUGUUUUCCUCAACUCCUUGUCUUCUUCCAUCUCCUCCUCGACAAUGUCUUCACAAAUACAUACCUCCACGACCGUCUUCAGAAACUCCGCCCCAUCUACCGCCUCCCAAAGACUCUUCCCUCUAAGAACCGUCGCCGUGCGCCAAGAAACGUCAACGGCGUGGCGAGGAGUCAGAUGCAGCGGCGUUGGAGUCGGUGGAGAAGCCUGGAAGCAAAGAGCGGUUCCUAACUCCAACUAUGUAGUCCCUUUGGACGACAAGUUCUCCUCCUCGUCCAUCACUCGGCCUCUGAUUGAGAUUCUUCGCGAUCUUAACAAGAAGAUCGCUGAUAACAUCGUCAAGAGCCAUGGUCCUGGAUCCAAUGCCGCUUCUUCUGGCUUCAUCCCAUGGUACCAUGCAAACCGGAUGCUAAGCUUCUACGCACCAGGUUGGUGUGGGGAAGUUCGAGAUGUUAUUUACUCUGAGAACGGUAGUGUCACCGUUGUUUAUCGUCUCACCAUUCGUGGCUCUGAUGGCGAGGCACAUCGUGAAUCUACUGGGACAGUAACGAUGACUGAUAAUCACAUAGACGAUCCAGUUGCUGCAGCUGAGGAAUUAGCAUUCUGCAGAGCAUGUGCUCGGUUUGGUCUCGGCUUGUAUCUCUAUCAUGAGUCGUAGGACUGGUGUACUUCAAGUGUGCUUACCUUCUUUUUGGUUGCUGCGUCUAUCAAGUUGUUGACAGACCCUUAUGUUAUAAAAAAAUAUAAGCAUUUUGGAUUUAUACAUUUUUCCCUUGUGUUA